AUGAAGUUCAGUUCUCUGUUACAGGACACGGCCGCCAUCGACGUUUUUAUCAAAAUUCUUACUGCCGCAAGUAGAUUGAGUAAGAAGAGAUGCUGUGUGAAAAUAGAAAAAGAAGCUCUCAAUUUCAUCAGCAGCUCUGGGCUUCAUGAUGGUGGUGCAUGGUUCAGUUUAUCUGUUCCUUUUUGUAGCCAGCUAUUUAGAAAAUUUGAUAUGGUAGGUAUGAAUCCACGUAACCCGGAACAGAAUCUAAUUUUCUUCGAGUUUGAUAUUGACAGUUUGGUGCGAAUCUUACCCGGCGGACAUUGUUAUUUGAAAUUAAAGCUCUCAAAAAGCCAGAAUGAUGAACCUAUUCUAGGUGUUGAAGUGAGAAAUCCAGAAGCAGAUAUUGUUUCUCAUCAAAUUCCAAUCACAAUCGUUUUAUCAAAGUAUUGGAAUACGUUCGCAAGACCCACGAUCGGACACCGAAAAAUGUCUAUCAGCAUGCCACCACCAAAAUCAAUUGCUCGAUUCAUUCAUGCAUUCAGAAAUAUGAACGCACGUGUUAUUAAAUUCACUGCAAGUAGCUCCGGUGACUUAAGAAUCUCAACUAAAAUUGACAAUGGGGAAAUUGAUGCAAGCUUCUCUGAUCUCCAAACAAACCCGUCUGAAAGUGAUAGUCAAGAAGAUACAGCUAACGUCCAAUUAAUGAUUCGAAAUAUUUCAACACUGUUUCAGAGUUUUGCAAACACCAAGUCUCGUGUCAAAAUGAAUAUCAUCUCAAAUCGAAUGGCCGAGUUCAACAUGCAUAAUGAGGAUUACCUUCUUUCUUUUAUUGUUGGAAAUGUUUCUGAUUAG